CCCGUGGGGCUCUGCCAGGAGGAAGCUGGGGGCAGGACCCACGCCAGGAGGUGGCUGGCACAGUAUGGAGCGCCCGAGCAAGAUGGAGUUCUUCCAGAAGUUGGGCUACAGCCGGGAGGAUGUGGUCAGGGUGCUGGGCAAGCUGGGAGACGGUGCCCUGGUCAACGACGUGUUGCAGGAACUGAUCCAGACGGGCAGCCGCCCUGGGGCCCAGGAGAGCCCUGCCAGCAGCACUGGGCCUCUGCUCGUUCCCCGGGGCUCCUGUGGAGUCCCAGACUCUGCCCAGCGGGGCUUGAGGUCAGCCCUAGAAGAGGACUGUGGAGACUUGGCCAGCUCCCUGCGUCCCAUAGUGAUCGACGGCAGCAAUGUGGCAAUGAGCCAUGGAAAUAAAGAAGCCUUCUCUUGCCGGGGAAUCCAGCUGGCUGUGGACUGGUUCAGGGAGAGAGGACACUCCUACAUCAAGGUUUUUGUCCCAUCCUGGAGGAAAGAGCCAUCUCGAUCUGACACCCCUAUCAGAGAGCAGCACGUUCUGGAGGAACUGGAGCGGCAGGCAGUGCUGGUGUACACCCCGUCCCGCAAGGUGAACGGCAAGCGGGUGGUCUGCUAUGACGACCGCUACAUCGUAAAGGUGGCCUACGAGAAGGACGGCAUCAUCGUCUCCAAUGACAACUACCGUGACCUGCAGAAUGAGAACCCAGAGUGGAAGUGGUUUAUUGAGCAGAGGCUCCUCAUGUUCUCCUUUGUCAAUGAUAGAUUUAUGCCUCCUGAUGACCCUCUGGGCCGCCGUGGACCCACUCUGAGCAACUUCCUGAGCAGGAAGCCGAGGCCUCCAGAGCCAUCCUGGCAGCACUGCCCCUAUGGCAAGAAAUGCACCUACGGCAUCAAGUGCAAGUUCUACCACCCSGAGAGGCCGCACCACGCGCAGCUGCCUGUGGCUGAUGAGCUCCGGGCCAAGACGCGGGCCUGGCCCGGAGGGGCCGCCGAGGAGCCGCGGCCGCCGAGCGCCCGGGGCGGCCCCGCAGCAGCCCGGCCGCUCCCCGGGGAACCCGGCGCUCACUGCCUCCCGCGGGCGCCGGGGGCCGCGGACCUGGCCGCCCUGCGCGCGAGCUUCUCGAGGCUGGCGUUCAGCGACGACCCCGCCGGCGGCUUCGCGCUCGGGCCUCGCGGUUCUGACUGGGCGCCCGGGCCCUCCUCCUCGCCGGCGGGCAUCUCUGCCACYCCGGGGCCUCCCGGCCUUGGGGCGCUGGCGCCGGGCCUGCGCAGCCUCCCAGGACCGCAGAGCCCCUUCGUCCCCGGCGACCUCCCGUCGCCGCAAGUUCAGGCGCGGGGCGGACUUGGGCCCCGGGACCUGCGCGGUGACCUGCUGCCCCAGCGCAGACCUCCCGAGGACCCGUGGGCCGAUCUGUCCGGAUCCGAGCACUUUCUGGGUGGCUCGGUCUGGGCGGAGCCGUCCUGGGGCGACGGCGCCUUUGGGGCAACUCUGGGGUCUGCUCCCAGGGCCGUGGACAGAGAGGUGGACGCUCGCGCCCGUGAGCGCACUGCGCUCUGUAGCGUCUUCCCUCCCGACCAGGUGGACAGCGUGAUGGCGUCCUUCCCCGCCCUCUCCGACCUGGCCAGGAUCAUCAUUCUCCUGCAGCGAUCCCAAGGGGCUGACGCGCGACUGGGAAACCCCUAA